UUUCUGCAAAAGGAUUUCGUCCUUUGACAACUUCAGUCAGAUGCGGACAAUCUUAAUGUUUUGGCUAAAAUAGAAAAUCAGUAGAACUCUAACCGCCGCACGUGCUAGUAGCUAAUUCGCUUGAUACUAAAAGUCCUUUAUCGUUUCAUCGAGUGUUUCCCUCUUGAAUCUAUUUUUAAAAAAAUAAACCAAGGCUGAACGUGCUUGUGAUUAUUUCCUAAUUUUUAUGUUUACACAAGCCUAUUCUUUAAUUCUGACUGAAAUUUAAGAAAACUCUUUCAAUUGUAUCCUUGUCGAAAAGAAAUAAAUUAGAUUUUUUUGUUAAUCGUUUGAGAGAGACUGAAUCGUGAAAGUGAAUUAGUGAACCGCUUAGAUAACCCUAAAAAAGGAUCCACUUUAUAACCCAACAAAAAAAAACCAACAAAAACAAAAUAUGUCCAUUAAGAUGCCGUCGAUUAUGGUCUGGGCUGGAACCAUGUCCAUUCUCUUGCUAAUGUCGUCGGCAGCCGCAAUACGUUCUGAUGAUAAGAACAUAACAAGACUAUUAAAUAACCAGGUGAUUGUCAGCAGGCAGAUAAUGUGUGUCCUUGAGAAGAGUCCUUGUGACCAACUUGGCAGGCAAUUGAAAGCUGCCCUCCCCGAAGUAAUUCUUCGCAAUUGCCGUAAUUGUUCGCCCCAACAGGCACAAAAUGCUCAAAAACUAACAACAUUUUUACAAACACGAUAUCCUGAUGUAUGGGCGAUGCUGAUAAGAAAAUAUCGAGGUGUUUAAGCAAAGCUUAAUUAAAACUAUGAGUGCUUCCCGCUAAUAUAGAGUGAUUGCCAAAGGUUAUUAAUACUCAUCUCUAACAAUCCAAAAAAAAAAAAAAAUAUAAAAAACAAACAAUAAACACAAUAGUUUUCGUCAUAUUAAAUGCAUAUAGUCGUCUUAAAUAAAUAAUUAAAAAAAAAAAAAUAAUAUCCAAGAAAAUUUUAAUUUUAAAAUAAAUAAAAAAUAAAAAAAAAUGAUUACUUUAAGAAGACAAAAAAUAGUUGAGGUUAUGGAGUUCAUAUCUUUUGUAAAAUAUAGAAAAUGUGU